GUGUAAAUAUAAAUAUUGAUUCAAUUCAAAUCGCUUUUGCCUAACAAUUGAAUGAUCUUUAAUUAUCGUUUAUAGUACCUUGGUAAUUUUGCAAUAAAAGUAGAAAAACAGCAGAAAUAAUAACGAAUCAGUAAACAAAUUUAAAAAAACAACUUAAACUCUUUAUAUAAAACACAAUGCAAUCCUAUUAUAUUUAGUUACUGCAUCGCAAAAAGUAGAUAUAAAAAAUGAUUUUCCAUAUAAUCACAGCCAACGGAACAUACUACCUCUUCAUUUGUGCAAUUUUAAGUUUAUUUUACACUAUAACUUAUGCUCAUUCGAAACCAGCUUGGACUUGGGAGUGCCAGAAACAUUCCUGCCAAAAAAGAAGAAUCACCGAAAACACCACAUCCAUUUCGAGCCUAGCAGCUUGCAGAUUCUUCUGCUCCGAUUCAGCUGCGAUUUGGCCGAAACCUACUGGCGAAUUUUCUGUAGGAGACCAUUUAAUUAAAAUUAACUACAACCUCAUUACAGCCGUUAGUAAUGCUCCAACCAGCGCACUCCUCUUUGAAGCUAUCAAAGAAUUCAAAGAUGAUAUUAAGAGUACCAUAACAUCUCGUGUCUCUCCAGGUGGUGUUUGUGUAUUUAUUACACUCUCUAUAUCUGAUUCAAUCACCACCAAAUUAACAUUAGAAACUCCGGAGGGAUACACAUUGAAAAUAGCUCAAUCAAAAGCUGGUUGUAUUAACGUAAAAAUAAAAGCCAUUACGUUCUUUGGAGCCAGAAACGGUCUACAAACUCUCACCCAACUCAUCGUUUACGAUAACUUCCGAAACGAACUUCUAUUAACAAAUUCCGCCUUCAUCACCGAUGAACCAGCUUUUGCGCACAGAGGCAUCUGCUUGGAUACCUCAAGAAACUUCAUAACAGUACCCGCCAUAAAACGCACCAUCAAGGCGAUGGGGGCCUCGAAGCUGAACACCUUCCACUGGCACCUCACCGACUCGGUCAGUUUCCCGUACGAGUCGAAAUCGCGGCCGGAACUGUCCUGGAUCGGGGCCUACGAUCCCUCCAAAACGUACUCCAGGAGCGACGUGAAGGAUAUCGUGGAUUACGCCAGGGCGAGAGGCGUGAAAGUGGUUCCUGAAUUCGAUGCUCCUGCUCACGUGGGCGAGGGUUGGCAGGACACGGGGUUUUUGGUUUGCUUCAACGCUCAACCUUGGCAGAAAUUCUGCAUGGAACCGCCUUGUGGCCAGUUCGAUCCGACUAAAGAGGCUCUAUAUGAUGCUAUAGAAGAUGUAUAUGGUGAUAUGUUGGAGCAAUUCGAUCCGGAUGUGUUCCACAUAGGAGGGGAUGAAGUGUCCUUUAAAUGUUGGAAUAAUUCUGCUAGUAUUAUCGAAUGGAUGAGAGGGAAAGGAUGGAACAACACCGAGCAAGACUUCAUCAAAUUGUGGAACCACUUCCAAGCCAACGCCCUGGAAAGGUUGUAUAAGAAGGCAGGUAGAGACAUUCCUGUUGUCAUAUGGAGCAGCACUUUAACUCAGCAGGCUUAUUUGGUCGAUUCUUUGCCCAAAGAAAAAUAUAUUAUACAAGUCUGGACGACGAGUAACGAUGAUCAAAUCAAGCAAUUAUUAGAUAACGGCUACAAAAUUAUACUCAGCAACUACGAUGCGUUGUAUAUGGAUUGUGGUUUAGGUUCUUGGUACGCUUUUGGAUCGUAUAAAUCGGGAAUUAACAUCUCCAAUAACUGGUGUUCCCCAUACAUUGGGUGGCAGAAGGUGUACGAAAACAAACCCUCUGCAAUCGCAGGUGAAAAAGGAGACCAAGUGCUGGGAGCAGAAGCUGCUUUGUGGACAGAACAAACCGAUUCUUUGUCGAUAGAUGGUCGACUUUGGCCUAGAGCGGCGGCUCUGGCGGAGGUGCUUUGGUCGAACCCUUCUACCGGUUGGGCGGCAGCCGAAGACAGGUUCCUUAUUCACAGGGAACGAUUAGUACUAAUGGGCAUCGAAGCCGAUGCCGUGGAACCGGAAUGGUGCUCGCAGAACGAAGACAACUGCCGCAUUGGAUCCCAGUUUAAUACCGUUUAAUUAUGCUUUGUUUACUUACACGCCCAACAUAAAUGUUGGGCAUUAAAAAAUUGUUUACAGACUCAUUUGAGUUGUUCCUCUCCACGGAAAUCUUUAGUAAAAGGCGAAAGAUUUAUUCGCUGCUGAAGAGAAACCAGAGUGAAGAUUGAUCGUUUUCUCUAUCUAUAGAUUACACUUUUA